AUGAUUCUGGGUGUUGAGAUAGAAGAUAUUCUUCAGUCUGGGUUUGAUGGGGAGGAAGGAUAUACAUUGUCUCCGAUAUCCACGGGGUCUACUCAGUCUAGAUUAAACAAAACAAAGGGCUCACCUGUUGGGAAGAACAAGAAAUCUCGGAAUAAGUCUACGGACAACCUUCACCCAAACCUCCUUCCAGAGGAUUAUCUAGACGAGGUCAUUGGUCAAUAUUUCAACACGGAGUCCAGUGGGGAGGAUGAGGAAAAGGAGACUAAAAAACCGGUUAAAAAGUCCAAGAAAUCUGACAGCGAGGAUUCAACGGACGACGACGUUCUAGAGGCAAAAGUCCGUUUACGGCCUCCAGCAAGCUUCUACUCAAUGGACUUCUUGGACGAUUUGGAAGCCGAGGUCGGGAAGAAGGAGAAGGUUAAGACGGAGCUAGAGCUUGAGGUUGAGUACAAACAUAUUCUUUACGGGGGAAAGAAGAAGAAGCCUGUUAAACUUGGACUAGGGAAGAAGAAGAAGAAAAAAGAAGAUUCCAAGGAAACAACUGAAUCCAAAAAACCUGGUGUAAAAAAGACUAAGAGAAAGGGACGACGGAAAGUUGUCAAGAAACAUGAUCCUGUACCUGAACCUGCUGAACCUGUUCUCCCGCGUACGCGGAGUUCCGGACCUGUUCCAGCCUCUCCUAGUCCUAUUUUGUCCUCGUCGCGAUCUUCUACAAGAGCAACCAAUCCAACAUCUCCUAUUCCAUCCUCUUCAAGAUCAUCGAUUAGAUCAACAUCUCACCUGUCCUCGGCCAGGUCGUCAUCCAAACCAUCCCCAACAAAACAAAUAAACCUAUCCUUCUCUCCGACUCCUUCUGAACCACUUCCAUCACAUGCCUGGUCGGGAAAGAAGGCGAGCACUAAAGCAUAUGCCAGAGAGGAUAUGCGAGAGAGGAUUAAACGUCCUUUCACAAGCAGUAAAAUAGAGGAUGUGACUGGAAAGUAUGGUGAAGAAGAGGAGCUAGUCAGCUGUGGUAUCUGUGAUCAGAUAGAUCCUCCACACGAGGAUCUUUCUCUAGAUGAGGUUGAAGUUGAGUGGGUUGGAUGCGACUGUUUUAGAUGGUUCCACAAGCCGUGUACCAAGCUGAUGAAGUUUACGGAGAAGUUUAGUUGUAGAAGUGUUAAAAUGAAAUGCUUGGAGACGCCACCUGCUCCCGUCAAAAUAAAACCGGUUCUGCCGGUCGUCAAAAUGGCCGUCGUCAAAUUUGUUCCUGAUAUACCGCGAUUUUUCAUCAAGAAUAUCUGACACAGUCCCAAGAAAAGGCGUAAAAAUUAUCGCUUUUAAUUGAACAUUGUCACUUGAAUUUAAUUGUAAAACUGACGCAAGCUGUAUUGUACUGGACUGACGCUGAACCUUGUCACUUGAAUUUAAUUGUACAACUGACGCAAGCUGUAUUGUAUUGGACUGACGCUGAACCUUGUCACUUGAAUUUAAUUGUACAACUGACGCAAGCUGUAUUGUACUGGACUGACUCUGAACUUUGUCACUGGAAUUUAAUUGUACAACUGACGCAAGCUGUAUUGUACUGAACUGACGCUGAACUUUAGUGUGGUGAAUCUCAAGAUCAAGCAUUGAUCUCCAUCCUAUGCUGCAGACCUUCGGAUUAAUUUAAUUCCUUCUCGAUAUCUCGUAAGGGGUUAUACCCUGGAGAGAUAAUUUUAAUUGAGGGAUCAAGUUCUGAUUCUGAGAAUAUAUUUAAAGGGACAGACCGGCUAUCCGGUCUGUCCCUUUAAUAUCGAGAUCAAGUGUUUAAGAUUAACGAUGUACUUCACUAAAGUUCCGAACUAAUCAUACUUAGCUCACAGUGCGCAUAGUUAUUGGUAAACCAGUCUUUCUGACACAUUUCUGUCUAUAUUCGUCUUCCCUUUAUCUUACUUUUAUCAUCGAUGUAAUAUUUUAUAUGUUUAGUAACACACUACACAGUGCACAGUGACAGAUAUUUAUUAAUAUCGUAAAUCUCAGAUAUUCAACUUUGAUCAUAAGAUAUUGUUCAGGAAAUUCUUUGAUUUCUUUCAUGUUUUCAUUGUUUUAUUUUGCAUUUUAUGAUUUAACAAUUUAAACCAUUGUCAAACUCACCAUUAUUAUUAUUCUACCACUAUUAUUCAUUAUUAUUAUUUGAAACCCACCGAUCACCAUUUAUCAUAUUAAUAUCAGUAUUAAUCUAAAGAUCUUAUGGCAACAAUUACUUCUCAUAUUUUUGCUAAUCUAUUUAUAAUAAAGUAUUAUCAUUUAUGUUAA